UCCACGAGUGACCAAUCAGAGGCUUCGAAAUAAGAACACGUCACACGAUGACGUAGGCAGCGUUUUGAACGACUUCAACACAUGCACGAGCCGACACAGAUAGUGAGGUCUAACACCGCUCAGAGCAGUCCUGAAGUACUUUCGCUAUUUUAUUUGCCAAAUAGAAAAAUCUCGGAAAAAAUAAAACGCAAAAAUAAAUAAAAAUAACCGAAAUUAUAUUUAUUUAUUUUCCUUUUUCCCCGCACAAUGGCAAGAGGAGAGGGCGCCGAACCGUACGCCGGAACUUUCCUAACAGUCAAACCUCUUAAAGACAUCAAGACGGUAAAGCCAAAGGAGCAACAACCACAGCUGUCUGUAUGGAAUAAACUGUGCUUUGCUUUUGGGGGAGCUCCUUAUCAGAUUACUGGCAGUGCGCUGGGCUUCUUCCUCCAAAUCUACCUGCUUGAUGUGGCACUGUUGGACCCCUCCUAUGCCUCCAUCAUCUUGUUUGUGGGGAGGGCCUGGGAUGCCAUCACUGACCCGACUGUGGGGUUCUUGGUGAGCCGCAGUAGAUGGACCAGCGUGGGCCGCAUGAUGCCCUGGAUCCUCUGCUCCACUCCGUUCGCAGUGCUGACGUACUUCCUGAUUUGGUAUGUGCCUCCUUUUGAAGAAGGGAAGGUCAUCUGGUUUCUGGUAUUUUACUGCCUCUUCCAGUCUAUGCAAACGUGCUUCCAUGUGCCAUAUUCUGCCCUCACCAUGUUUAUCAGCAACAAACAGGAGGAGCGGGACUCCGCCACUGCAUAUCGUAUGACGGUGGAGGUGCUGGGUACUGUGUUGGGCACUGCCAUCCAAGGACAGAUUGUUGGUGGUGUCUCGACGUGUCCCGAUGAUAAUCACAAGAACAGUACAAUCCUGCCCACUGUCAACAGAACUAUAACCUCACUUGAUGAAACGAAAAACGCGUACUUGAUAGCUUCAGGAGUCAUCUGCAUCAUCUACGUCCUGUGCUCUGUGGUCCUGUUUUUGGGUGUGAAGGAGCAGAAAGACAGCGUCCAGAAAAAGUCGAAGCCGCUCACCUUUCGGCAGGGCUUGUGGUUAAUCGUCAGCCACAGACCGUACGUCCAACUGGUCUCUGCCUUCCUCUUCACAUCUCUGGGCUUCAUGCUACUUGAAGGGAACUUUGCUCUGUUCAUCACAUAUGCUCUCGGCCACAGGAGAGACUUCCAGAAUAUUCUGCUGGUGAUUAUGCUCUCCGGGACUCUAACCAUCCCGUGGUGGCAGUGGUUUCUGACUCGGUUUGGGAAGAAGACGGCAUCUUUCUGCGGUAACUUGUGGGCCAUUCCCUUCAUGGUCCUAAUCGUUUCUCUCAAGAGCAACCUCACCUUGUCGUAUUUGGUAUCUGUGGCGGCUGGCGUGAGCGUGGCAGCGUCUUUCCUCCUGCCCUGGUCGAUGCUUCCAGAUGUGGUGGAUGACUUCAAAGUCAACAAUCCAGACAUUCACGGCCAUGAAGCUCUCUUCUACUCUUUCUAUGUGUUCUUCAUCAAGUUUGCCUCUGGCUUAUCUCUGGGUAUUUCUACUCUCAGUCUAAAAUUUGCUGGAUACGAGACCGGAAGCUGCGUGCAGCCUGAAUCGGUCAGUUCAACUCUGAAAGUGCUGGUCUCCCCAGUUCCCAUUGCUCUCAUCAUUUUGGGGUUGUUGAUAUUACGGACGUACCCCAUCGACGAGAAAAGGAGGCAAGGCAACCGCAAAGCACUGCAGGCGAUGCUAGAAUCUGAGUCCGACACUACAGAACUUGGCAGCAUUGUGUAGCAUGAGAGGACAGACGACAUCAUCAGAAGUGGUGACUUAACUCAAGUGCCUUUACACCAUUUCAUUAUCAGUAGCUCUAUAGUGCCACCAAGUGGACUUCUUGUAUAUUUAAAAAUGUCUGUACACUGUUUGGGCAAACAAACUCAAGUGUUUUUUGCACCAUCAAACCAAAAGCUUUCAUUUCAUUUUUCAUCUUUUUGUGGUUCAAAGCUUUUGUCUGACUCUAACUUGCCAAACUCACAUGUUUUCCCAAAGAUUUAUUGUUUACUCAGAGAAUCCACGAGGCUUUGGUUUGUUCUUUAGGGCGUUUUGACUUUCCUAUUCUUCAUCUCCACGUUUAUCCGGCUGCAUUACACCAUCAGUGCCUGCAGCUACAGUCUCGACUGUCUUGUCUGAGAUCUGAUCAUCACUCGCGGAGGAAAAAAAGGAAUGAUUUUACCCGUUGAUGCUUAAUUCUUUUGAGCAUUUCUGCAUCGUUCCACUAAGUGGAGUUGUUUGUUGUUACAAUGUUACUUUAUUUGUUGUUUUUGUUCUAUUUUGGUACAAAGAUGGAUAUCAACUUUCAGUUUACGGUUUGACUCAAAGUCACAUGGUGCAACCGUAUAUUAUGUGACUCUGUGCAUCAUGUUGCAUCUAAGCCGUUACUGAGAUAUUCAAGACUGGUGUGAACUUAAAAAGAAAAAUCGCUUUAUUUAACUAUUUAUUAAAUGACAUGCCCAAGGGAUUAUCCUGCUUCUUUUGGAAGCAUAAGUGAAUAAAAGUGAGACUGGGUGACUUUCAAAUGCAGAACAAAACUUGUCACAAAUGGUGCUUUUGUUUUGCUUUUUUGGGACAAUUUUGUAUUAUGUAUGACACAGACAAUGGUCUAAACUAAAUGUUUUAUUCUGAGUGUAUGUAAAAAGAUGUUUACCUGACUUUUAACUAGAUGAGAUCAGGUUUGGGUUGUCUUUGUCAAGCCUUGAAUUUACACCAUAAGUAAAAAAAAAAAAUAAAAUAAAAUAUUGCAUCUCUUA